AUGGGCGACUUGGCAUGUCACUACGCCUUCGGUCGCCACCGCGCCGAUGUCGUUCGAACGGGGGGCAACCGAGUCCUCGCAUUGAAGUUUUUCUGGCUUUUCCAGAUAUUUUACAAGCUUGUUUUAUGCCUCAACAAGCUAUCCUUCCUCGCUUUCUACCUCCGCCUCUUCCCGACUCCCAAGUUCCGUCUUGUCUGCUGGAUCACUAUCGCCCUCGUGCUAUCCAGUACCUUCGGCUUCGUAAUCGCCACCAUUUUCCAAUGCAUCCCCGUCCACGCGAGCUGGCACAAGGACAUCCCCAAAACAUGCGUGAAAAAUGCUGAAUUCCGCUGGUCCUGGGCGGGCUACAAUACCAUUAUGGACAUCUGGGUGUGCCUAAUGCCUCUACCCGUUUUGGCGCAGCUACAUCUCGACCGUAUCCGUAAAAUCGGUGUGAUGCUGGUCUUCUGUAUGGGCCUUUUCGUCUGCAUCACGAGCGUUAUUCGCAUGUGGGCCAUGGCUGAAAGUACAAAGACGAACGAUCCAACAUGGGGAUCGUUCAAUGCGCUGAUGUGGAGUGCUAUCGAGGCUAGUACGGGUAUUAUUUGUGCAUGUCUGCCAUUUUUGAAACACCCAAUCCAGAGGAUCAUUCCUGGUUGGCUUGUUUCAUUGUCGAAUAGCUCGAGGAAGACUCGACCGAGUUAUCGCAUGAGUCGCCUCGGGUCGCAGUCUGGGAUUCGGACCGGCGGGCAGAGGGAUGAGGAUUAUUAUGGGGAGGCUGAUGCGGAGAGUAUGGGUAGCCAGGGGCCGAUUGCGAAGGGUCAGAUUGUUAUGAAGACGGAUAUUGUCAUGCGUACUCAGUCCAUGCUAGGUAAUAGCUACAAAAUGGACGAGGUGAACACUGCGGGAAGUACUAUCGUGGCAGAUGCUUUUCUGGAGGCCUUGGCGGAGGCCGGCGUCGACUACCUCUUCACCGUACUUGGCUCUGAUCAUCCUAGUAUCAUUGAAGCCUAUAUCCGCCGCCAAAAUGACCCCACCCGCCAGUAUCCCAAGAUGAUCCUGUUCCAGCACGAGUUCGUGGCCAUGUCAGCUGCCGAUGGCUACGCUAGGAUCAGUCACAAACCGGCAUGUGUGAUCGCCCACGUGGACGUGGGGACUGCUGCCCUGGGCCAGGGCCUGCACAAUGCAUCUAGCGGUCGUGCCCCUGUUGUAAUCUUCGCCGGUGUUGCCCCAUCUACGCUCCUGGGCGAGGCUCCAGGUUCUCGUUCGGAACAUGUCCAGUGGUACCAGGAUAUUCGUGACCAGGCGGCCAUCGUGGCGCCCUAUAGCCGCUUUAGCGCGGAGAUCAAGUCCCCGCAUAAUGUUGGGAGUCUCGUACAUCGCGCUGUCCUGAUGGCCACGACUGGGUCCCCAGGUCCGGUGUAUCUCACUGCAACUCGGGAAAUCCUAGCUACACCCAUCUCCUCUGUGGAGCCCCGGCCAAAGCCCAUCCCAUCCUGUCAGUUGGGGUCCCUGUCUCCCGAGGCAGUGGAGAUGAUCGGUAACGCACUGUUGGACGCAAAAGCCCCUCUCGUGAUCACCGGGUACCUGGGCCGAAACCACCGCGCAGUCCAGCAGUUAAUCACCCUAGCGGACACAGUUCAAGGAAUCCGAGUCUUCGACUCCGAGCUCCGCGAGGUCUGCUUCCCAGCAACUCACCCAGCCUGCAUAACCCGCAGCACAGGCGCCGGACCAGCCAUCCAAUCCGCCGACCUAAUCCUCGUCCUAGAUGCCGACGUCCCCUGGAUCCCACGGCGAGUGCACCCGUCCCCAAGCGCAGAGAUCUACCACAUUGACCUCGACCCGCGCAAAGAGCGGAUGAACAUGUUCGAUAUCGGCGCCUCCGCCACCUUCCACGCCGACACAGCAUCAGCCCUAUCCCAACUAAACACCUACAUAACCAGCUCCACCCGCCUCCCAGCCCUCCAGAAAUCCUGGUCUCCCCGAGCCCAAGAUCUCAUCACUGCCCAUAAGGACGGGAAAGUCCGUAUCGCGCCCGCGCCGCAACACCCCUCUCCACCCCCAGCGAACCCUGCACCGUCGACUACCUGUGUAGCCGCAUCCGCGCCUCCGUCCCCCAGGAUACAAUCUACAUCACAGACUCGGUGA